AACCCUGAGGCCAAAAGACCGACAGUGGUUGUGAGAGAGGGGAAUUUCUAGGGUUAGGGUUUUGAGAUUUGCGAUUGAGAGAGAAAGAUGAGUGAGAGACUGAGCGGCACCGUCAAGUGGUUCAAUGACCAGAAGGGGUUCGGCUUCAUAACCCCCAACGACGGUGGCGAGGAUCUGUUUGUACACCAGUCCUCCAUCCGAUCCGAAGGUUUCCGCACUCUCGGAGACGGCGAGACGGUCGAGUACACCAUCGAGGAGGAUGCCGGUGGCCGAACCAAGGCUGUCGACGUGACUGGCCCAGAGGAGGGUCCCGUACAGGGUAGCCGUGGUGGCGGGGGUGGUGGCCGAGGCCGCGGAGGCGGUGGCGGAGGCUACGGCUUUAACGGUGGUUCUGGUGGACGUAGCGGUGGGGGUAGAGGUGGCCGUGGAAGCGGUGGGUACGGAGGUGGAAGCUACGGAUCGGGCGGCGGUGGCUACGGAGGUGGUGGCGGGGGCUACGGAGGUGGAGGAGGUGGCGGUGGUGCGUGCUUCAAGUGUGGCGAAUCCGGACACAUGGCUAGGGACUGCUCUCAGGGAGGUGGAGGCUACGGCGGCGGUGGAGGCGGCUAUGGCGGUGGCGGACGCGGCGGUGGAGGAGGCGGAGGUGCUUCCGGAGGCUGUUAUCAGUGUGGUGAGUCGGGCCAUUUCGCAAGGGAGUGCCCGAACAGGGGUUAAACCCGUAGUUUCCAUUUCACCGUCUCUGUGCUUGUGGUGGUGGUCUGUUUGGUUUUUGCUUAAUUGAGUCGUGGUUUCUAAGAAUGAAAAACUCGUUUCGAGUGUUUGGAAGUAUUCGGUUCUAUGGGUCAUCUCCUUUGAUUUCAAUCUUUGGAAUUCAACAUGAAGUGGAUGAUGAUUCCUUUUGGUGUAGUAAUUUUUCGUCUUCUUUUUCUGUCUGUUGGGUCAAGUGUUUUUAGUGAGGAUUUGGUGUUAAUUCUGGCAGAAAAUGUGGAUCUGUGGCUAGUGGUUGGAUGUUGAUUCAUACACAUUAAUAUACUCUGCUCCUCCUUAAUGUUA